UUCUUGUCCAAUACUCUCGGCGCAGUUUGAUGACGCAAUUUCUGGGACACGUGAAUUGGUAUGGCAAGGCUGCAAGAAACAAGUUGACAGGAAGAGAAUGUCUGGCGAUACACAGAAAGAAUGCAGUUCCGCCGUGUCGGACUCCAACGAGGUCUCCGACAGCAAGCCGGACAGCCCGGCCGGAGGACCUGAAGCCCUGUCCAAACGGCAGCGGAAGCGGCUGGCCAAAGCGCAGCAGUGGGAGGAACAGCGAGAUCUCCGCAAGCAGAAGCGUAAGGAGCGGAAGCAGAAGAAACGAGAGGAGCGGAACACGCAGGGCGACGAGGGGGCGGAGUUUACAAACAGGAAGCGCCAACGCAGAGAGGCGGAGCCAAGCUCCCUCAGACUGGUAGUGGACUGCAGCUUCGACAGCCUCAUGGUGCUCAAGGAUGUGCGGAAGCUCCAUAAGCAGAUUCAGAGGUGUUACGCUGAGAACAGACGCGCGGCUCACCCUGUACAGUUCUACCUGACCAGUCUGGGAGGACAGCUGAAGCAGAAUAUGGAUGAGCGAGAUAAAGGCUGGGUCAACUGGAAGGACAUCAGUGUGAAGCUGGAGCACUUCCAGGAAGUGAUGCGUAAGGAGGACCUGGUCUACCUGACCUCGGACUCGUCCAACGUGCUGAAGGAACUGGACGAGUCCAAAGCGUACAUCAUCGGAGGCCUCGUGGACCACAACCAUCACAAGGGGAUCACCUUUGAGCGUGCUCAGGAACUUGGAAUUGACCACGCUCAGCUCCCAUUGGGGGACUUCGUCAAGAUGAACAGCCGCAAAGUACUCGCUGUCAACCAUGUGUUUGAGAUCAUGCUGGCGUACCUGGAGAAACGUGACUGGCGAGAUGCCUUCUUUACGGUCCUCCCCCAACGAAAGGGGGCGGUGCCUAUGGACGAGGAGGGACUGGACAGUGAUGAGGACACGCCCCCUAAGCACACAGACCAGGAGGAAGAGGAAGGCAGCUCUGAUGGACACUCAGCAGAACCAAUCAAGCGGAAGGAUGGAGACGCCCAGGACCAAUCAGACGGCAAACAGAAAAAGACGGACACCUCGGUCAGCCAAUCAGAAGACAAGCCUCAGGAACAGACUGCUGCCUAGACCGGAUGACUGUUCAUUUGUUGUUUUGAGUUUAUUGAUGAACAUGAAGCCUUUGAGGCGUGAUGUGGCGUUUCUAAGUUGCCUGACGUCUCCCGGGGGAGUGUGACAGUCCUGUAGUUUCAGCUCAUGCUUGUGUGUGUGGAGUGCAUUUGGUCUUCAGGCGUACUUACUUACAUUAAGUAAAGAAACUUGUGGUGAAUUAUGUUUUCAUUGAAAUGUUUUUAUUUGAUUUCUCAUU